AUGGCGGGCCGCAGGGUGGGAGUGUGUGUGAGCGAGAAGAAGCGCAGGAGGAUGAAGGUGGCGGCGCUGGCGGAGCUCUGCGCGAGCAGAGGGCUGCAGGUGGUGGAGAUAGACCUGACUCAGCCCAUGGAGUCUCAGGGUCCGUUCGACGUCAUAGUGCACAAACUGUCCGACGUCAUCGUAGAGGCCGAACACGACAGCCAAUCACAGCAGCUUCUCCACAACUUCCAGAAUUAUGUGUCUGCUCACCCUCGGACCGUCCUGCUGGACCCCCUGCCCGUCAUGAAGCAGCUGCUGGACCGCUUUGCCUCCUACCGCAUCAUCAGCAAACUUCAGGACAUGCUAAGAGAUAAGAAUAUUUGCUGCCCUCCAUAUUUAGAGAUCAACACUGCCGACCUGUCCGCCGUCCAGGAAGCAGUGGACAGGAAGCAGCUCACGUACCCUUUGAUCUGUAAAACCAGAGUGGCGCAUGGAUCUCGCUCACAUGAGAUGUCUCUGAUCUUUAAUCCAGCAGGUCUGCGAGACGUGCAGCCCCCCUGUGUGCUGCAGAGUUUUGUAAAUCAUGGAGCUGUGCUGCAUAAAGUGUUUGUGGUGGGUGAAGACCAUUUCACUGUGGAGCGUCCGUCACUCAAAAACUUCCCCACUGGACCCCAUGACAGAGAAACCAUCUUCUUUAACAGCCACGAGGUUUCCAAACCAGAGUCCUGUUCACACCUCACAGCUCUGGAUGAGACGAUUCCUCGGCUCCCAGCCCCCAGCGACGAUGCGAUGGUUGCCUUGGUGAAGAAGCUGAGGGCGGAGCUUGGAAUGGCUCUCUUUGGAGUGGACGUUAUUGUAAACAUACACAAUCACACUCUCACCAUCAUCGACAUCAACAUCUUCCCUGGCUAUGAAGGCGUUCCUCAGUUCUUCUCCUCGCUCGUCAAUCAUAUCGAGUCUGUGCUGGACCCAUCACACACUUCUGAAGCCCAGGAAGAUGUCACUGACUCUCAGGUGGAACAGUGA